AACAAAGUAUCUAUGAAUCACCUACUCGAACAGAUUACUCUUCCUUGUGAUAAAAUAAUUGGCUUAUGCAAGUGGAAUUCAGUGGAAACUGAUUGUGGAGAAAUUUUUGAAAAAGUUAUAACACCAGAAGGUCAUUGUUGCACGUUCAAUUAUCACAUUCAUACAAAGCAAGAGCUUGAAAAAAGUGACAUGAGAACAAUAUGGCUCAGGUAUCACUACUGGUCUAAAACUGACUCUGUUCAGCAACUUCUCGGAUGCUUUCAAUAG